AAAAAAAGAAUAGAAAAAAGAAACGGAAACGAGGUGCAGGGAGACAGCUAGUGUGAACGCGGCAGGGCCCCCGCUCUGAGACCGAGCAGUGUGAAUGGGCAGAAAAGUAAUGGCAGGCAGAGAGGCAGGCAGCGGCGAGAAGCAAGAAGAAAAGCGAGGCGAGCAAGCAAAUCGAGGCAAGAAAGCGGGGGAAGGGCAGAGCCUGCGCCCAGCAGCCCCACGCCGCCGCCGCGCCGCGCCGCGCCGCGGGUCACCGCCUGUCGUUAGGGAUUGCUGCCGUCGGGCGCGUUGCGCCUCAGGAAGCGGCGGCGGCGGAAUGAUGGAGGCCGGCGGAGGGGGAGCGGGAGGGAGGGAUGAGAGAGUGCCGCAGUGGGGCGCGCAGGAGACGCGGGAGCUCAUCGCGGCGCGCGGGGAGGUGGAGCGGGAGGCCGACGCCGCGCGCCGCAGCGCCAAGACGAUGUGGGAGGCCGUCGCUGUGCGGCUCAGGGAGCGCGGGUACCGACGCACCGCCGACCAGUGCAAGUGCAAGUGGAAGAACCUCGUCAACCGCUACAAGGGGAAAGAAACUUCUGAUCCAGAAAAUGGCAGACAGUGUCCCUUCUUCGAGGAGCUGCACGCCGUCUUCACAGAACGUGCUAGAAAUAUGCAACGCCAACUCCUUGAGUCUGAAUCUGGAGCUUUUGAUAAAAGGAAACUGAAGCGACCUAGUGGCGACCGGUCAUCUGGGGAGUCUGACGGCGAGGACGAUGGUGGUGAAGAAAGUGAAGAUGAGAAACCCAUGCACAGCAGAAAGAGGAAAGCUGAUGACAAGAAGCAGCAAUCCCAACGAAUGCCAGAGAAGUCAAGAUCAGGCGUUUCAAGCAUCCAUGAACUGCUGCAAGAUUUCCUGACACAGCAACAGCGUAUUGACAUCCAGUGGCAGGAGACGAUGGAAAGGCGUGCCCAGGAGCGGGUUGCUUUUGAACAAGAAUGGAGGCAGACGAUGCAGAAGCUGGAGCAGGAGAGGUUGAUGCUGGAACACUCGUGGAUACAACGUGAGGAACAAAGGCGGAUGAGAGAAGAAGCACGAGCUGAGAAAAGGGACGCUCUCCUCACCACGCUAUUGAACAAACUCCUCCAAGACGAGGCGGCGCUGGCGCUCCAGCUGGCCGUGUGCUCGCUCCUGUUUCUCUUCCCCUCUCGCGCCCGAGCUCUCGCGCUCCCGCCCCCUGCAGGCGCCGCCGCGGCCGUCGAGGCGGCGCAGGAGGAGGAAGACCAAGAGUGGGAGGCCGCGCUGCAGAAGUGGAAGACCAAGUCAUACGCGCUCUCGGUGCCCCUCAGGGUCAUCGCGCUCCGCGGCUCCUUCCCUCCCUCGUGGAUUAAGGAUUUCGUUGAAUCUCAGGGCAAGAGGCUCAAGUUCAGCCCCCAGCUCCGUGCUAAUCUUGAUGGGAUCUUCUCUGAGAUGUCCCAAUGUAUGGACAAGGGUCAAGUUCAGCCGAAGUCCGCAAUGGCAGCUGAUAUUGUGUCGAUCGGGGACUCUUGGCUCGGCUAUGCCAUAUGUAAGGGAUUGUUAGAACCUAUCAAGAAUGCUGAAGAACAUGAUUGGUUUCGUAGCAUGAGUGACAGAUGGAAGGUUCAUUUGUGCAGGAACCAGAAUGGAGAGGCAGAUCCUAAUGGCUCAGUAUGGGGAGUUCCAUACAGAUGGGGUACCAUGGUCAUCGCAUACAAGAAAAACAAGUUCAAAAGGCAUAAUUUGAAACCAAUACAGGAUUGGGAGGAUUUGUGGAGGCCUGAACUUACCGGGAAGAUUUCAAUGGUUGAUUCUCCGAGAGAGGUUAUUGGUGCAGUUCUGAAGCACCUGGGGUCAUCAUAUAACACAGUUGACAUGGAAACAGAUGUCAAUGGUGGUAGACAAGCAGUCUUGAAAAGCUUUACACAACUACAAAAGCAGGUCCAACUAUUCGACAGCAUGAACUAUCUGAAGUCAUUUAGUGUUGGAGAUGUAUGGGUUGCAGUGGGCUGGAGCAGUGAUUUGAUUCCUGCUGCAAAGCGAAUGUCUAAUGUUGCGGUGAUUGUUCCCAAGUCAGGCAGCAGCCUAUGGGCUGAUCUAUGGGUGAUACCAUGUGCCACAAGGUUUCAGACCGACAAAAUCGGCGGCAGAACCAGAGGCCCAUCACCUCUCAUCCAUCAAUGGUUCGACUUCUGCCUACAGAGCGCUAGGAGCCUACCCUUCCGGCAAGGUGUCAUCCCAGGAGCGUCGCCACUGUACCUGGAGAACCCUGUGCCGGAGGUCCCUCAAGAUAGGAACAAGAGGAAGCCAAAGCUGGACACGAACCUCGUCAGGGGAGUGCCUCCGCCUGAGAUCCUCGAGAAAUGUGAGUUCUUAGAACCCCUGUCCGGUAAGGCGCUGGAGGACUACCAGUGGCUGGUGUCGAGGAUGCAGAGACCACGGCCUGGUCUGUUCGGGACCGUGUUGCAAAAGAUAUCAAGUGUAUUGGACUUGAAAUCAAGAUUUUAGGGCGCGUUUACUGAACUUGACUUCUUUUUUCCUGUGUUGUAGCGUUGCUCGUUGUCAAAUUCUGUGUUGGGCCAUAGACGCUGAGCAAUCGUCGAGAGGCAGGCUUAUA